CCUGAAAGUAAUAAUAUUACAGUGAGCAGAACAGUACCUUUAAGCAUGGCAGGAAGGGGGUCACAGACUUGUCAAGGGCAUCUAGAGGAUGGGGAGCUAACACACGUAUAUAGACAGAACAGAGAGCCACACCCCCAGAGAACUCAGACACGCCCUCCUCUUUCCCCCACACCACACUCCACCAUAGAAAUGGAGCCUAGCAAAUGUCUAUUUUCCCACAGCACACUCAGUUACGGCUCCAGCCAUCCAUUCCUUUUGACCACAAGCAAUUAACUGUUACGUUAGUAUGGCUUACUUGGGGGUUUAAACACAUUAUACUACAGAGCAUUUAAACAGCCAGUCUUUCUCUCUAGCCUUGCAGCCUGUUUCAUGUUGGCUGUAUUCAUCCAGGGAGUCUAUGGCAAGGCCUCGUUCAUUCUACAGUGAACUUGGCCUGACUUCUGUGGCCAGGGUGCUGGAUUUUGAGGCUCUCGGGUGACAGUUGAAAAUUCCAGGGUAGCAUCAGGAAAAUUAAAAACAACACAGUCUAGUCUGUCUUGAUUGUAUGAUGGAAUGCAUAUUUAAUUCUAUUAUUUAUUUUUAUAUUAAAGUCACAUUAUUUUAUGCCACUUUCAAUGAGCUGCAGGCUUUCCCAUUGAAAACACAAUGGCAUUGAAGAAGUUAGAGGGAAGCUAAAGAUUUCAACUAGGACGGCAGGGGACCCUUGUGGAUUUUGGCAACAGGGGAGGCAGUUCAGCAUAACGGGAUAAACACACAAACUGGCAGUUUGUUAGAAGGACCAAGACACAUGGGCAAGGAAAUAAUAACAUUGAUAUUCUGACCCCAAUGAAGUCAAUAGGUUCACAUUCAUCGUUCGGGUACAGAAUGAACAUCUCACUGCACUCACUGGGCAGCUGGCACCUCUCAGACCUAUUGUUUCAGGCUGUCUGCAGACUGAAACACCACACAUCAUGGCAUCAGUUUAACCUCUUUACAUUUUGAAGGGUCUCCUUGCAACAGCAAGUACUAGAUACCUGAAGUUCCUCACAUGCAUUUAAGAGCCUAACUUCAGGCACCCACCUUUGAACAUUUUGGGUGUUUUGUUUUUUAAAUAAAAGUUUAUGGAGCAUAAUCCUCCUGCAAGUGGAGAAUGCGAAAGCAAAUUUCGUGGCCACAGAAUUGAGAAGUACCCAGGGCUAUUUGUCACCAAAGCAGCUGAAAGAGCAUCUAGCUUGCAGUCAGAAAGCUAAACACGGUUUGAAGAGUUGAAGCCCUAAGGCUUCUUGAUGACUGAACCCUGGUCUACACUACAAGUUUAGGUCAAAUUUAGCAGCGUUAGAUUGAUUUAACCCUGCACCUGUCCACACAAUGAAGCCAUUUUUGUCGACUUAAUGGGCUCUUAAAAUCGAUUUCUGUACUCCUCCUCCCGACGAGAGGAAGAGCACUGAAAUCGACUUCACCGGGUCAAAUUUGAGGUAGUGUGCAUGCAAUUAGAUGGUAUUGCCCUCCGGGAGCUAUCCCAGAGUGCUCCAUUGUGACCACUCUGGACAGCACUCUCAACUCGGAUGCACUGGCUAGGUAGACAGGAAAAGCCCACAAACUUUUGAAUUUCAUUUCCUGUUUGGCCACCGUGGCAAGCUGAUCAACACAGGUGACCGUGCAGAUUUCAUCAGCAGAGGUGACCAUGGAGUCCCAGAAUCGCAAAAGAGCUCCACCCUGGACCGAACAGGAGAUACUGGAUCUGAUCGCUGUAUGGGGAGAUGAAUCUGUGCUAUCAGAACUCCGUUUCAAAAGACGAAAUUCCAAAAUAUUUGAAAAAAUCUCCAAGGGCAUGAAGGACAGAGGCUAUCACAGAGACCCGCAGCAGUGCCGCAUGAAACUUAAGGAGCUCAGGCAAGCCUACCAAAACACCACAGAGGCAAACGCCCGCUCGGGGUCAGAGCCCCAGACAUAUCGCUUCAAGAAUGAGCUGCAUGCAAUUCUAGGGGGUGCCCCUACACCUACCCCACAUUUGUACGUGGACUCCUGCAAGGGAGUGUCACGUAACAGGGAUCAGGGUUUUGGGGACGAGGAAGAUGAGGAGGAGGGGGAGCUUGAAGAUAGCGCACACCAGGCAAGCAGAGAAACCGUUCUCCCCGACAGCCAGGAACUCUUUAUCACCCUGGAGCCAAUACCCUCCCAACCCGGGCUCCCGGACCUUGACGGCAGAGAAGGCACCUCUGCUGCAAAUGUUUCAACGCUGCUACGAGCAUCUCCGUCCCAGAGGCUAGCGCAGAUAAGAAGGCGAAAAAAACAUACUCACGAUUAAAUGUUCUCUGAGCUCAUGCAGUCCUCCCACACUGACAGAGCCCAGCAGAAUGCAUGGAGGCAGACAAUGUCAGAGUCCAGGAAAGCACAAAAUGAACGCGAGGACAGGAGGGAUGAACGCGAGGACAGGAGGGACGAGCGAGAGGAGAGGUGGCGUCAGCGUGAUGAGAGGAGGCAGGAUGCAAUGCUAGCAAUGCUAAGGCUACUGGAGGAUCCGGCGUAUGGCUGAGCUGCAGGAAAGGCAGCAGGAGCACAGACCGCCGCUGCAGCCCCUGUGUAACCAACCGCCCUCCUCCCCAAGUUCCAUAGCCUCCUCAUCCAGAUGCCAAGAACACGGUGGGGGGGCCUCUGGCCACCCAGCCACUCCACCACAGAGGAUUGCCCAAGCAACAGAAAGCUGGCAUUCAAUAAGUUUUGAAGUGCAGUGUGGCCUUGUCCUUCCGUCCUCCCCUCCUCCACCACCCCACCUGGUGCUUCCCUCCUCUCCCCCCCCCCGGGCUACCUUGGCAGUUAUCC